AUGCCGGGAUACUACGACCAUAGCGUCGACCAAGACGACGACGAAGAUGGCAGGUAUCCACUUUUUCGGUCAGAUAGUGACAACUCUUCCAAAAAGGCUACCAAGAAUGCCGGCAACAUGAGCAACGGCAACCGCAUCUUGGUGAUCAUUUCUCUGGUUUUGAUUGUGUUACUGUCGAUUUAUUUCCAAAUGAACCAAGGCAAAUUGACGGACCAAUUGAGCCAAGAUGAACAAAUGAUCAACUCGAUGCAAACCACAAUUAGCAAGCAAGAAAAGGUCAUUGCACGCUUCAAUUCGUCUGUUACCAAUACCGACGUCAUUCAUCGAUUAGGUCUGUUAGAGGAAACCCUAGCGACCUCCUCCAAGGCCUUGCAAGAUCAAUUGGAUUCCACGGUGCAGGAAAUGAACGAAAAGUUGAAGAAUACCAUGAUGAAAUUGGAAGAAACCGUUGACAAGGCCGAGCAAGAUAUUACCGACAGUGUUCAGCAGGUCAAGGAGGAUUAUGAGGAAUUUCAGCGCAAGACGAACGAUCAAUUUAGUAUGGAGAACUCCUUUAUGAUUUGGCAGUUGGCAGGAACCUUUACACUGUUGUCCUGCUUGAUUAGCAUGUGGCACAUGAGUGCGCAUCUGCGAGAGUUGAAUCAACCCAUUAUUCAGCGCAAGAUCUUGGCCAUUCUUUGGAUGUGCCCCAUUUAUGCCAUUACAUCGUGGUUUUCAUUGGUCUUUCCAGAUACGGAAGGUUAUCUGGCAAUCGUUAAGGAUUCUUAUGAAGCCUACAUUAUCUAUCAGUUCCUUUCCUUUUGUAUCUCGGUGAUUGGUAAGGGAGACCACGAAAGCGUGGUGGAUCUUUUGGCUCGGCGCGCGGAUCAUUUGCCACCACCAGUGAGCAUUCGCAGUUUUUGUGCGUGCUGCUGUGGGGCGCAAAAGUUUGAAAACGAUCAUGCCAAGGCUAGGGCCGUCCUGUUACAGUGUCAGCUCUUUGCCAUACAGUUUGUCUUUUGGCGACCCGUUACUACGAUUGCCACAGUUAUGCUCAAGAAGUACGACUACUAUGGGCCCUGGGGAGCGGAGAACGCCAGUGACUGGAGGGCGCCCCAGUUUUACAUUUUUCUCAUUCAGAACCUUUCCAUCUUUACGGCUUUUACGGGAUUGCUAAAGUUUUAUCACUUGGUCGAUGAAGAUUUGGCGUGGUGCCGGCCAUUUGCAAAGUUCUUGUGCAUCAAGGGUGUGGUUUUUAUGACGUUUUGGCAGGGUUUGGCAAUUUCCGUGCUGGGAGAGACCAUGAACGAGACGGGAGGAGACCCAGAACAAUGGGCAACCAAGUCACAAAACUUUUUGAUCUGUUUGGAGAUGCUUAUAUUCAGUCUCGCUCAUUACUACUGUUUCCCGGUGGACGAAUGGAAAGAGGGAUACAAGGUCAACUUCCAAAAGCUGCAUCUUGGGGAUUCCAUUGCCCUGGGAGACUUUUUCAGCGACUUGAAGCUGGUCAUGACCAAGAGCGGGUCAAAGAAAAGUAAGAAGGGAAAGCGAUUGUCGUUGCAGGAUACCGUGGAAGAAGGCAAUGAAGAAAUUGUUGAUGUUUCGACCGAAGGCUAUGACUCGGAUGACCAGGCGGAUGAUGCUUCAAUUAGCACGACAGCGACGGCGGAGCCAGAAGUAAAGGAAGCCAAACGUCGACUAAGCCAUUUCUUGAACGGGGUGACAGAUGCGGACGCGGAAACGGAAACGGAUAAUAACGAUGAUUCCACCAACGACAAUCCUUCAGCGUCACCAGGGAUCAUGGGUCGGUUCUCAUCGGGGUUCAACGGUUUUGGAUCUUCUUCAAGUAGUCCAGACGAGACACCAAGAAAGCAAAAUACAACUCCAAAAAACAAUCGUGGCGAACCGAGCGAGACAACCAGUCUCCUUUCAAAAUCACCACUGAAGCCGAGUAUUUUUACUACCGUUGCGAGCUUUGCCCAAUCAUCAGAAACGUCCGCAGAUGGGGAAAAAUCCGCGGAUGGCAGUGUCAUGGAUGUAUGA